AUGUCGCUGUUCAAACUGAACUGUAAACUGACGUUUUUCAAACUACGAUUACCUGCACGAUCGUACGGAAGCGAUGUGAGAAAAACUAGGUUGCACGAGUUUCACGUCCGACACGGAGGUAAAAUGGUGCCGUUCGCUGGCUACAUGAUGCCGGUAAAAUACGCUGACAGCAUAGCGUCCUCGCACCUGCACACUCGCCGGCAGUGUUCUCUGUUCGACGUGUCGCACAUGUUGCAGACGAAAAUUCACGGUAAACACAGAGUUCAGUUCAUGGAACGGAUUUGUGUUACGGACGUACAGAAUCUGGGAACGGGAAAAAGCGCGCUGAGCUUGUUCAUCGAUGAUCGGACGGGUGGAAUACUGGACGAUUUGAUCAUAACCAAAACCGAUGGGGAUUUUUUGUACAUGGUGACUAACGCCGGUUGCAAAGAACAGGACAUGCGAAUGUUAACUGAGCAAUUAUCCGUUUUCAAAUCGAGGGGUCACGACGUGAGCUUGGAGUUUUUGGACAGUGACGCACAGUCACUUCUGGCCCUGCAAGGCCCUCGCUCUGCGGCCGUAUUGCAAUCGUUCGUCGACGGGUCCACCGACCUGUCAGCGCUGUACUUCAUGGACUCGACCACGGCCACGGUCUGCGGUGUGCCGGACUGCCGUGUCACCCGGUGUGGUUACACGGGCGAAGACGGUUUCGAAAUAUCUGUGCCCUCCGAUCGGGUCGAGGCGAUCGCCGAGUCGUUCGUCGCACAGGACGACGUGAAAUUGGCCGGGCUGGGCGCCAGGGACACUCUGAGGUUGGAAGCUGGUAUGUGUUUGCACGGCUCGGAUAUAAGCACCGAAACGACGCCGGUCGAAGCUGCGUUGAUGUGGACCAUAAGCCGUAAGAGAAGGGACGAAUGUCGAUUUCCCGGCGCUGCUGUGAUUCUGAAACAACUCAGCGACGGUGCGCAACGUAAGAGGGUCGGUCUCGUUCAAAAAGCGCAUGGAGCUCCGGUCAGGGGUGGAGCAGUAUUAUUUAACGUAGUGGAUGGCUCAAAAAUCGGUUCGGUGACUAGCGGAUGUCCGUCCCCGACGUUAUCCCAGAACAUAGCCAUGGGCUACGUUGAUAGUAAAUUUUCCAAAAACGGAACGGAAAUACAAGCGGAGGUCAGAGGACAGAAGAUACCAAUGGUCGUCACAAAAAUGCCAUUUGUGAAACCAAACUAUUAUUCCAAACCAAAAUAA